AUGGGUGUGGAAGAGUCAGUCUACCUCGCAAAGCUCGCUGAGCAGGCCGAGCGAUAUGAGGAGAUGGUCGAGAACAUGAAGGUCGUUGCAUCUGCAGACCAAGAGCUCUCCGUGGAAGAGCGAAAUCUCCUCUCUGUCGCCUACAAGAACGUCAUCGGCGCUCGUCGCGCUUCUUGGAGAAUCGUCACUUCCAUCGAGCAGAAGGAGGAGUCGAAAGGCAACGAAGCUCAGGUCAAGCUAAUCAAGGAAUACCGCCAAACAAUCGAGAAGGAGUUGGGAAAGAUCUGCGAAGACAUCCUCGAGGUUCUUGACAAGCAUCUGAUUGCCUCCGCUCAGACAGGUGAAUCUAAGGUGUUCUACCACAAGAUGAAGGGCGACUACCACCGCUACCUCGCUGAGUUCGCUACUGCCGACAAGCGCAAGGAAUCUGCCGACAAGUCCCUCGAGGCCUACAAGGCUGCUACAGAAGUCGCCCAGACCGACCUCGCUCCUACUCACCCCAUCCGACUUGGUCUCGCGCUGAACUUCUCUGUCUUCUACUACGAGAUCUUGAACUCCCCUGACCAGGCGUGUCAUCUCGCCAAGCAGGCGUUCGACGACGCUAUUGCCGAGCUCGACACUCUCAGCGAAGAGAGCUACAAGGACUCAACAUUGAUCAUGCAGUUGCUGAGAGACAACUUGACCCUCUGGACUUCUUCCGAGGCUGAACCUCAGGAGGCCCCUGCUGCUCAGUCAGGUGAAGCUCCCAAGGACACCGAAGCCGCCCCUGCAGCAGAGCCUGCUGCCGAGAAGACUGAGUAG